AUGGACAGCUAUUGGCGACGCCGAUACGGGAUCUGGGUGUGGAGUCCGUGGGUCGGCAGGGAUGACGUACGGCCAACACGCGAGCAGCUCGUGCUGUCAGGGCGUGGCGAGGGUUCGACGUGGAUGUCGGAUCCGGUGGGUGAUGUGGGAUCAGUGGUCAUUGAUUUAGAGUUGAACGAGCUACGAAUCUCGCACACGUCGUACGUGAUCAAGCUCACACCGAUUGACGACCAUCAGAAGAACUUGACCACGUUGGCCCUGGCGAGCCCACUACAGAUCCUUCCUCGGCAGCGACGGAUGGUCAAGAGUUCGUUUUUCACGCCGAUACCUCGCGGUACCCACGUGUUGUCGGAAUCUCUCCCGGGUCUCCAAAUCCACAUGGCGCGAUCGCUCGUGAUCUGGGUACAAGUGCAAAAUCCUAGCGAGGACACGAUCAGGUUAGGCUGUGGCACCCUAGUCGGCUCGGCAGUGACUCUCCCACAUGGGUAUGCAAAUGCGGGCGCCUCGGAGUUCGAAUUCUGUUGGGGGAGGACGGACAGUGUGGACACAGCAAGCACACUCAAGUGUGAUAUGCCCGGUCCUGUGAAAAUGCCGGCGCCGACAAAGGGCCUCAAGGAGAUACCGAUCAACUGGGAAGGGCCUGACCUGAGUUUGGAGCAGCGAGAAGUACUGUGCAAAGUGCUGCUGUGUGACGCGUCCAAAGCCCCUGGACGUACGGAUCUGGUCAAUGUUAUGUGA